AUGGCCCUUGCCGCUGAGUGGAGCUGCUACGCAAUACUACGCAGGGGCCUGCGUGUCUUGUGGAAUCCUAAGGCUGCCCAACGCCGAAGCUAUUCCCUGUCCCUGCCGUACUGCUAUGCUAUCCUACUCAUGACCUUGUCCACAAUCUUGCACUGGCUGAUAUCCCAAAGCAUAUUUCUUGGAGCUGUAGCCUCGGCCUGUCACCUCAACUAUGACCUGAAUCUGGAAUACGAGGUGCGGCAGGUUGAUUCCCAUCCUCCAGAAGAGGAUAUGAUGUAUUCGCCGGUCAAGUGGGGAGCUAUUGCUGUCGAUGGCGAGGUGGGCCACUCCAGGGUCAGAAUUGAUGAGUAG